AUGUCUCUCCCAGCGAUGCGUCAGAGACGAGCUGGGCUAUGGCUAUGUCUACAUCUACACUCAUCAACUAAGCAAACACAGACACACGCAAAACAUCUCCAUCUACAGCUACAGCUACAGCUACAUCCACCACUCGCCCAAAAAGCACUCCAACCUCCACCAAAAGCACACAAUGGCCUCCACCCCCCACAGUCCCAGCCCCCACCACAAUCCCCAAGAUCUGCUUCGUAUCCGGGCCCCUCAUCGCCGACACCCCCUACCUCGACACGCACUACGCGCCCCACCUCCUCCGCGCCCUCUCCGCCAACCACCACUUCCUCCUCGGCCCCUCCCGCGGCAUCGGCACCCUCGCGCUCCACUACCUGCUCUCGCAGUCCUGCGACCCCUCCCGCAUCACCCUCUACCUCCCCCAAGGACGUUGAGCGCUACACUUGGUUCGUCGACCAGGGCGGCAGGAUUGUGGUCUCGAGCGCAAACCACGACAGCCGCGAUGAGGCAAUGACGAGGGCGAGCCACUAUGAUGUGCUGCGCUGCCGAACGGUGGCGGAGUGUAGGGCGCUGUUUGGGGAGCGGUAUAAGGAGAGGGUUAGUGGGACGCAGAAGAACCAGAUUAGGAGGAAGAGGGGGAUAGGAUUGGUGUGGAGGGAGGUUGUUGAGGAGGUGGUGGAGACGGCGGGGGCUGUGGAGGCUGCAGGGGAUAGGGAAAUUUUGAAGAACGCGCAGAGGAUGAGGGGACUGGAGAGUAAGGUGAAGGAGGCGAGGGCGUUGAGGGAGAGGUUACAGAAGGGGGAGGUGCUAGAGAAGAAUCAAGUGGACAAGGCGGGGAAGUUGGAGGUUUGGGAAAGGGAGUUGGAGGGGUUGAAGUGA